UUGUAAUAUACUGCGAUGCGUAUAAAUAGGGGAGGGAAGCUACGACUAACAUCAUUCGAGAAUUCACCUCCGACCUGUCACAUCAACAUCGCCAUGCAACUGGUACUCAUCGCCACCCUGUUCGGCUUCGCCGCCUCAGCUUUCGCGCCCACAUACGAGUCCAAUAGGCCUCAAGCGUCCUUAGAGAAGAAUGCCCGCAUUCUAGCUUACGACGCGGACGUCAAAGAAGAUUCGUACAGAUUCAACUACGAAACUGAGAACGGCAUCAAAGCUGAAGAACAGGGACAGGAGGUCGAGGGUAUCGAAGCUCAGGGUGGCUUCCAAUACACCGGAGAUGACGGCCAGGUGUACGCCAUCAGCUAUUCUGCCGGUCAAGCUGGCUUCCAGCCUCAGGGAGCUCAUCUGCCCACCGCUCCCCCUACUCCAGAGGCCAUCCUCAAGGCUCUAGCACAGAACGCUGCUGAUGAAGCCGCUGGUAUCAUUGAUGAUGGUCAAUACAACCCGGGUAAAUACGGUGGUGGCCAGCAACAACAGUACCGCGCUCAGAGCACCGGAUUCCGACAGGCCUACAAAUUCUAAUCUUAGCAAUUUGCCAGUAUUAAGUUAUCGUUGAUAUAUCUACAAUGGAAUUUUUGUUCGAAAUUUAGAGCGAC